GCAGCCGAGACCUCUCUGCGCUACCAGGCCUGGGGGCUCCUCACCCUCUGCCUGGAUGUUUUCACCCAUGGCCUGACCCCAGAAACUGGCCUGGAUGUGCUGGCCUUUGCUGUGGCUUACGGGCUGACCCAGGUGGGCCGAGUAGCAGAGGACUACAUCUUGGCCACCUUCCCCAGUGUGGUGGCCACACCGGCCUUCCUGGAUCUUCCUGUGCACCUGCUCAUCCGCCUCCUCCGCUCUGAUGGUCUCAAUGUCCUCCAUGAACUGGAGGCCUUGGAAGCAGCAUCCCGCUGGCUUACGGCCAACGGCGAUGGCCAAGAGGAUCUAGCCAAGGAAGUCCUAUCAUCUGUUCGCUUUGCCCUCAUGUCUGGCCGGGAGCUGAAGAAGGUCCCAUCAGUGACUGCAGGGGUAGCUGACCCAAAGGUCCUCCGUGAGCUCAUGGCAGCAAGUUUGGCCCCCAUGGCCCAGCUGCCAUGCCGAGUGCGUUCCUCGCAAGAGGUGCUGGUGGUUUGUGGUGGAGACAAACUGACGACCAACCUGGCUGCCCGGAAGCCCAGCAGACAGCUCUGGUUUGCCCACCGCUACCUCAGUGCUGUGGGGCUGGUGAAGCAGGUAGAGUGGCGGGCACUGGGACACUUUCCUGAUGGCCCACGCUUCCGCCAUGCUGUAGCUGUGGUGGGCAACAUCCUCUACAUCCUAGGUGGAAAGCGCUACUAUGGGGCCCGUGACACCCUAGCCAGUGUCUACAGAUAUCAGCCUAUGGACGAUUCCUGGAAGCUCCUGGCCAGCAUGACCUGUGGGCGGAGCUACUUUGCUGCUGUGGCACUUGGGGAUUUCAUCUAUGCCCUGGGGGGCAGCUCAGCGGACCUCUACUGCACAGACACUGUGGAGUGCUAUGACCUGGCCAACGACACCUGGAGGAGGUGCCAGUCCCUGCCAAUGGCUCUGUGUGGGCACGCGGCGUGUGCCCUGGAUGGUGCCCUUUACGUGUCAGGGGGAUGUGAUGAGGCAUGCCAGUGCCAGGCAUCCUUGCUGCGCUACAUCCCGGGUGCACCUGCCACGCUGCUGGCUCCCAUGAACGGCCAGCGAGCUGGCCACAUCAUGGAGGAAGCAGGUGGGCAGCUCUAUGUAGCCGGGGGGCUGUGUCAGCGGGAAGGACAGACUGGCUACAGGGACCAGCUGGCCUUUGAGGUCUACAGCCCCAAGCUGGAUAUCUGGGUCCUCCUCAGCCCCAUGCCCCAUGCCCAUGUAGUUGCGGGUGCAGCUGUGCUGGGAGGUGAACUGCUUGUACUAGGAGGGUACAGUCAUGAGACCUACCAGGACACCCACUUGAUCCACGCCUACCAGCCAGGCACCCGGCGCUGGAUCACCCGUGGCACCUUACCCCAUGCCUAUACUGACCUCCAAGCCUGUGUCCUCACUGUACCCCCUGCCUUGCGGGGCCCCACCUGCCUUGAGGACCCUUCAAGAUCACCUGAAACCCCCAAUAAUACUUAG